AUGCGAUAUAAAGUAACAAAUAUCCCAACGACGUUUCCACCACCUGACGACCAUCUUCGUCGACACAUUUCCACGCACUCCCCCGCUAUUCGUGAUGAAGAAGGCGGACAAUCCAAAGUAGGUAGAAUCAGGCUGAGAAGACAAAUGUCUUCCUACGCAAAGGCGUAUACGUCCUAUCGGGGUAGUCGAUCGGCUCAAUUCGCAGAGCGCGGAGCCGGACAACUGGCCGUCAGAGUUACAAGUGCACGUGCAACAAUUCGUACGCAGCAAGUAUACGUCUGUACGUCCGUUCUUGAAGUCCAGCUGCCGAUCGGGAUCAAGGGGGAAUCGGGAUCGGGAUUGAGAUCUAAAACGCCACACCCGAGUCAGUUUCGGUUCCUCCUCCGUCAAGGACUCGAACGCGGAAGAGGAGAGAGCUUUUUCCCCCCGUCGUACGUCGUCGUAGUCAUCGUCGUCUUCGUCGUCGUUGUCGUUACCGUCGUCGUCCUUCGAAGAGGAAGAACAGUGUCUUGGCCGAUACCGUGCACGAAGGUCGCGAGCAGCCAGACCGAGGUGCAACGUAUUACGCGUACUACCGACUAUCACCAACCGCCGCAUCUGCCCGUCUAUCAUCCGCACUUGGAUCUCUCUACUUCGAGCGGGAGACGCGUUGCAGCGAGAGAUUCCCGCGCAGGAGAGGAAGACUGGACAAAGCGGAAGAAGCAGAAUAAGACGAGCAAAGCAGAAGCAGAGGAGCAGAAGAGCGUAAGACCGAGAGCCGAACGAGUAGAAGCGGGGUUGCAAAGAAGAAAGUGAUUAGCGAGUUGAUCGUGCGUAUCCGAAGAUAGCGAGGAAGGAGAUAGAGGACAGAAAGAUCGGGAGAAUAGAGCUACGGAAGCGCAGAGAGACAAAGAUCGAAAGAAAUAGAGCGAAAGAGAGAGAGAGAGAGAGAGAAAGAGCAAGAAUCGGAAAAAAAGCUCGACAGAGAACCCCGCGCUCAUACAUAUAUAUUUCAGUGUGUUCAAAAAACGAGUGUACCUAAGUGCAAUAUUAAUUAAACCUAAACGAUAAUAAGAAGCAACCACAACUACCAUCGACGAUAUCGGUAACGACGAGCGGUGAUCGAUAAUCGAAUAGAAUUCCUUUUAAAGAGUUAAAACGCUAGAGUCGCAUUUCGAGGAGGAGUCAUCGACGGACGCGACGCAGCAGCUUGAAAGAAGAAGAAGAUCGGAGGAAGUAGGCGGAAGCAGAAACGGAGUGACGGAAAUCCCGGAGAGAAACGCUCUCGUCCCGCUUAAAAGAAUUUACACGGACUCACCGAUUCAAGCCGACGCGCGCGACAGCAAACACCAACUUUUCGAGAAUGUUCGAGCGCGUUCGAGCACACGCACGCACACACACGCACGCACACACAACACGCACGCACAUCCAACAUAACGGGGCUAAAAUACUCAGGGCAAAACGGGACGAGCAGUAAUCUUCCGCAAGUGUGAUUUCUCACCCCGAAGAGGAGUGGAAGCCUAUCCGACCGAUAAACGAUUCGCGUCCGCGUGGACUAUCCUUCUCGUUUACACCGUCCGGGCUGGGCAAUCCUGAAUUUUAACCUGAACUUAAGUGUACGCUAGAAUUUAAGUUAGAUAGACGAAGGAAAAUAGAUCGUUCUCCUAUUUGCUGGAGAACGUUCGCUCGCGCGCACAACAACUCACGCAAAGCACACAUAUAAAGCACACACACAUACAUUUAUCAGACACAUAUACACACAGUCAUAUGACACACAGAGGAGGGGGAGAAAAAUAAGAAGAAGAAAGAAGAGGACCAUCAACUGAACCGCGAAACGCGAACGAAAGCAUACGUACGCGGUAUAACAGCCACCUGCGUACAUAAGAAGUCAUCACGAUAAAGGACGCAUUACGGACGUACAAUCACCGAUCGGCGGUGUUCUCGCGAGAAGCAUCGCAACCAACAGCGACAGCAACGACUUAGGGAAGGCGCGAUAGAGAAGAAGAGAUCUGAGAGAGGACCCGGAAGAGGGAGUGGAG